AUGCGGCGCUCAGCUCUCGGCCUCACGCUGGUGGCCACGGCUGCACCAGUGCAUGCCGGUUCGCUCAAAGACAUCAAACACAUCAUCUUGUUUAUGCAGGAAAAUAGAUCAUUUGAUCACUAUUUUGGGACUAUGGCUGGUGUUCGCAACUUUGGCGACCCUAAUAUCCACUUCACCGAUGGGGUUCCCGUCUGGAGACAGCCUACUACCAAAACUCGGAAUGGUGUCAAUUCAUUGUCACCGUGGCAUAUCAACUACUUGGGCGGGGAUUGGAGCGACGCAACUCAAUGCAUGGGAGCUGGAUCUAACGGCUGGGAGGCCAUGCAUGGCGCCUACAACAACGGUCGUGCCGACGGCUGGGUCACGUCAGACACACCCUACAGUAUGGGCUAUUACAAACGCCAAGAUGUGCCUACACAGUGGGAUAUCGCAGAGGGUUGGACCAUCAUGGACAACUCCCACCAGAGCAUCCUUGGUGUUACCGAUCCCAACCGUAUCAUGUGGAUGAGUGGAACCGUCAACACUGCCGGUUCUCCUGGAAAUCCAGAUGGAAAAGGUGGUAACAUUCUAUCGAAUCGCGCCAGUCCCGGUUGCGAUUCUCCAGGCAAUAAUUGCUUCCCUUUUACCUGGAAAACGACUCCGGAAUAUUUGCAGGAGGCCGGCAUUUCAUGGCGAGUGUGGCAGGAAGUUGACAACUUCGAAGACAAUAUGCUGGCCUACUUUAAACAAUACCAGGAUGCCCCAAAGGGAAAUGUUCUUCGAGACAACGGCAACUCUUACCCGGGCCUCCAGGCCUUUUAUGACGCCUGCGCCAACGGCACCUUGCCCCAAGUGAGCUGGAUUAUUGGACCUCAGGAACUGAGCGAGCAUGCCCCCAACAUGCCCAUUGACGGUGCUUGGCUGCAGAGGAAUAUUGUCCAAGCCGUCGUGAACAGCCCCAGGUACAAUGAAACCGCACUCAUCAUCAGUUACGAUGAGCAAGGUGGUUGGGCUGACCACGUUGUACCACCUGUUGCGCCCAAGGAUGCUGCUGGUGAAUGGAUAACAGAUCCUUUUGAUGCCAGCAACGGAAAAGUACCAAUUGGUCCCGGUCCGCGCGUUCCUCGAUUUAUCAUCUCCCCCUGGACCCGGGGGGGGCAUGUCUUCGCCGAGACUAGCGAUCACACCUCUGACAUCUUGUUCCUCGAGGCGUGGGCAGAAGCCAAUGGAUACAUUGUGUCGCACACCAACAUAAGUCCCUGGCGACGUCAGCACAUGACUAAUAUGGUCAACGCUUUCGACUUUGACAACCCCAUCUACACACUGCCAAUCAUUACCGCAGUGCGCACCCCAGAAGCACGCACCGACAACAACUGGAGCGGUAACCUCUCCUUGGGAUCGCUCACUGGCCCAUGGGUCGGACCCGCCAAAUGCAGAAAUGGAUAUGCCCACGGCAACCAACCUCCUAUCCCUUAUGGCAAAGCCAAUGCUGAACAGGAUAUGAAUGCCCUCGUUGAAGCUGGCUACAAGCAGGUCCGAGGUUCCAUCACCGAAGGCCGGUACGUUACCAUCGAAAGUAACGGUCUUGGCCUUGCCAUCUCAAGAGGGUGCUCAGUCGUCGCCAUCCAGAGCUCCAAGGCUCACGAGGAUGCGAGACAGCGGUGGAUACUCCACACGGCGGAUGGAAAUCGGUUCGGAAACACAUUUUAUAUCCAGUCUGCGCUUGAAAAGUGGUACAUUUCUGUCAAUGGCGGUCUGACCACAGAUCAGUCAAAGGCCAAGGCUUUUACCAUUGAGUACCAGGCGAGCGGAUCUACUUAUACGCUUCGUGGAACUGAAAACGCUGGCAAGUACGUUAGCUUUACCAAGUCGAGAAGGCGCAACGCUCAGUGUGGGCAUGCGGGCACGAUUACUUGGGAGGGUGAGGCUGGUCGCUUCAAGAUUUACGCCGUCAACUAUUAUCUUGGUUGA